UACAUGUCAGAAACAAACGCGGAAGAGGAUGGAAUUAAUGAAAACUCACCAGAAGUUCAUAGGGAAAGGUCUCCCCUAUUUCAAAAUAGAGCUGGACAUUCGAAAGAAAGAUUACCUUGCUACCGUCAGAUCCAAGUAUGGAGGGGCAAAAGUCGCCCUUCAACGCCGAUAAAAACAGAAUGCCCAGGUCUGAAGUGUGGGAUAAGUUUUGUUCAGGACACAAGUUAUGAGACUUUGGAGAACAGUGAUGCAGUAGUUUUCUUUCAUAGAUCGCACUGGGAUUGGACAGAGAUGCAGAGUAGACGGCCACCAAAUCAAGCUUGGGUUUUUUAUUCUUUAGAGAGUCCUCUGCACACGGGGGAAAACUCAAUUCCACCUGUUGAACUUGAUCGUAUAUACAACUUUACGAUGUCGUAUAGGCCGUCGUCAACGAUUCAUAGUCCGUAUGGUCUUUACGAUAAAUCAAUACCACAAAUAUCAUCAGGUGAAAGUCGGAAUUGGGCAAAGGAAAAAAGCUCUUUGGUAGCAUGGGCUGCAUCCAAUUGCGGUGUAGCAUCCUGGCGCCGUCAUGAUUUUGUAAAAACACUUGCAAAUCACGUCAGAGUCGAUAUGUAUGGUCCUUGUGGAACAUUGGCUUGCGACAGAUAUUCAGACGAUUGCUGGAAUAAAAUCAAGGCUCACAAAUUUUAUCUAGCAGUGGAGAACAGCGAAUGCAGGGACUACAUCACGGAGAAAUUCUGGUAUAACGCGCUCAUGCGUGACAUUGUACCCAUCGUUUAUGGUCCACCGAGGGAAGAUUAUGAGCGCGUAGCGCCACCAAAUUCUUUCAUACAUUUACAAGACUUCAGUAGCUUUCAUGAACUGGCAGAUUAUAUUAAUCUUCUAGAUUCCAAUGAUACCUUGUACAAUUCAUAUUUUGAAUGGAAAAAACAUGGUUUGGUUAGAAGAGUAGGGGUAAAUUUUGCUCUAAAUCCACCAUUUCUGUGUAAAUUGGUCUCGAAGAUAAUUGAUCAUGAACAAAAACUACAGGGUUUUCACCAGGAAGAAGUGCACCCUUCAAUCCACGAUUAUUGGUCAACUUCGUGCCACAAACCGACUGGAUUUCCUCAUGAUUUUUAAAAUAUGUAGAACAUAAUACUAUCAAUGGUAAUGUCGCUUAUGAUGGUGAUUUGUGCUUAUGGCGACACUGACGACGGUGAUGAUGAAGCAAUGAAAUGUCGAUCACUUUCCUUUUUUUUUACAAAGGGUGGCCACCUAACGUAUUAGUUGUAGCUUCAGCAAGAAAUAGAAAGUUUCCGCACCGGGAAACAGAACGCACCCAUGAACAUAAAAACUGCAUGUAUAGAAAAUGCCCGUCAAAUGACAAUAAACAGCUGUGAGGUCAUUGUCGAAAAUUUGGCGAACCGGAGCAGCAGAUCGUCGUAAGCUUCAAAGCCGACGAAAAAUUGCAAAUAUUUCGUUUGUCCAGACUCCACCACGAAACCGCUGU